AUGCUUUCAGCCUCUAGACACGUGCGGAGCCGGCUUCGCCAGUUCCACACGACUACGCUUGUCAGCUCUUCCGUGCGCAAGAAGCUCAACAUCCUUCUUAGCACGAACCAGGUGCCGCGCAACUUCAAGACCUCCAACCAGCGCAAGCGUGACGAGGCACUAGCUGUGCGCGAGUCAGCGGCGCGCCAGACUCGCAGGCUCAACAAGGGCCACGCGCUCGAGAUCUUGCAGCACAAGCUCCACAUGAACAUUACCGAAUACGAUGCGAUUCACGACGUCGACUUGCCGAGUGCGGACGAGUUCCACAAAAAACUCGACGUGACCGAGCGCCGUGUGCUCUACAAUAUCCUCGGAACGUCCGGAGACCAGCUCAAAGACACGUUUGUGGUGGAAAAAGACGUGUUACGGUUCCUCCGGAAGGGCCACGUGAACAAGGCGCUCUACGUGUCGCGGAUUGCGGGCAAAGAGGGGGUUGUCGGGAUGAACCGAGUUAUGGAGUAUCUAUUGCUUAAUAACCGGUUUAAUGCGGCUCUCGAGGUGUUUGUCAAGCGGAAAAAGUGGGGCGUCGAUGUGAAUGAGUUGACGUAUACGAUUUUGUUUGCAGGCGCCGCCAAACAAAACUCGCCGUUGACCGCGCUCCAGGCAGAGAAGUUGGCGCGAGUAUUCUAUGCAGCUGCACGCAACGCGCGCUGGAACGCCCAGCACUUCAACGCGUGCCUCAAUGCGUUGUUCCAUUCCGACAAGCCGGAGCGCGCGUGGGAGCUCUUCCACUACGUAAUGUCUCGUACGGACCCAACCAACACACCCGUUAGGGUGGAGACCCACGAUCACCCCGUGUUGGAGCAGAUGGAGGAGGCGAAACACAUCUCGUUCCAGCCGACGGCCACAACGUUCACCACCAUUUUCAACUACCUCAAGACCUUGGAGGACGAGUUGGACCGUGUCCGCCGUGCGGAGAUGAUCUGGCGGAUGGUGCUCAAGCACAGAACCCAGCCGCGCAGCCAGCUCCACAUCGAUGCCCAGCUUGUGUUGAGCUACGCGGCGGUAUUCCGAUCCCCGGCACUCAUGCAGCGCGCGGCGCAGAUCCUCCAGAAGUGGUUCCAUAUCCCCGAGCUUACGCCCGCACUUGCGCCCGCGAUGCACGCAGAGUUGAUGGAUAUUGCCGAGGUGAACCCCACGCCGAAGCGUUUCCCCGCGGAUCCGCAUGCCAUGCAGGUGUUUCUCGACCUCACGAAGCAGCUCCACUCGCCGAAGGAGGCGUGUACCGUGUUCCAGACGUGGGUCACCUCGCUCCCGGCAGAAUUGGAUGUGGUGGUGUACGACAGUUAUAUGAGAAAUUUCACCGAGGCGUACCACCGGUCGACGGAGGAGUUUUUGAUGAACGACCAGUAUGCGCAGUUGACACAUCUUCGCACAAACAAGAUGUACGAGGCGUUGCAACUCACGCCGCAGAUCGUUACGACCGGGUUGGUUGGCUAUUUCGCGCACACGCGCUAUGUGCACGAGGUGACGCGCUUACAGGAGGUCUCGCGCGAGAAGCGCGCCGGGAAGGAGGUGACUGCCGCACGCGCGUGGCGCAUCCCCACAGACACGUCCGAGCGUAUCUUCAACGACUUGAACGCGUUCUGGCGCGUCACCGAGCUACAGCCGCGUCGCAACCGCCAGCUCGUGGCCGUCUCGCUCAGCUACCUCCACUGGUACUGUAAGUCCGUCGGCUUAUUAACGCUCAGCCGUGCGCAGGCUGAAACCGUCGCGCUCCAGUUUUUCAACUCGUGCGAGAAGGGCGCAAUUGCGUUGCGGCCGUUGGUCGAGCUCCGCGACUUCCGUCGCGACAUGCGCGACGGCCGCAUCGAUUUGCGUGCGGUAUUUGCAGACGCGCCGUUCUACGCGCAGGACUUCCGCGUCCACCCGCGCGAGCUCGCGCAUCUUCCUGCGCGCAUCAAGGAUGUGAGUAUCACGAUUUGUGCCGUGGUCGGCGACUUGGCAAGUCGAAUCGAGGUGUCCGCGGCUGAACAGGCCCUACUCGAUGGCAGGGAGUCGUAUCGCCAACUCAGCGAGCGCCUUCAACAUAACACCGACUACGACAGCGUGUUGCAGUACAAGUACGCAUUGCUUGAGUAUAAAAAACGCUUAACGAGGCACACGAGGGUGUUGGAGGCGACGUUUUACGAAAAGAAUCGCAGUCUUGAGACGAUUGACAAGAGCGAGGAGUAUCUUAUGGCGGCUCAGAAGACGGCUGAGCGGUUUAUUCUUCAUCAGCUGGGUGUUAAAGUGAUUACAAAGAGGAACGUGGUGGCGGAAUUGGUAGAGGAGAUUAGAGGGGAGGAAGUAAAGGGGGUUAAGAAUCCAAAGAGAGAAGUGGUUUAUACCAAAAGAAAGGGUCAGGCUAAGGAACAAAAGACUGGUAUUUCAGGGACUGAAAUUCCAAUGACUGAAGCAGCGGAGGUGAAGGUUGGUAUUCCCCUUAAACCAUCAGGUGAGAUUAAAGGUGAGAUUGAAAGUAAGACCGAAGGUGAACCUCAGAGUACGAAAGCAGCUCUUGACGUCUCCAAGGAUGGCGGUUCCAACAAACUCUCAGAUGCUAAAUAA